CAAAUGACGAUUUCAUGUCAAAUUUAAAUCCUUCCUAUCAACGAACAAUAUUAAAUUUAGAACCUUCCCAUCAACGAAUUAAUAGAUUAUCACAAUUUAGAUCCUUUCCAGGAAAUCGGUCCACAUUUUUUACAAAAAACACCAGAAACUAUGACAUGUCAAAAGCAGCAGCAAUACGUAUGGUACUUUUUGCAUCUUUUUUUGCACUUAUUAAUUUAUUAGCAAGUACAGGUGCCGUCAUAGGGAUUAUAAAUGGACAUCCUAUUCCAACUGGUUUAACUGUAACUGAUUGGGUUGGUGGAUUUCAAGGAAUUUUAAUAAUCAUAGUAUUUGGAUUACCAAAUAAUUGGAAGAGAUUUUUGCUAAAAGUAUUUAAACCUCUUUUAAGAUAUUAUAAAACGUAUAAAAAAUCUAAUAAUCGUGUAGUCUGGAAUAAUCUUUCAAAUUUGGAAUGGUCUCACUUAAAUGAUACGAUGUGCGAAAGAACCGAAACAGAUAUUUGUUGA